GUUGUCUAUCAUAGAAGCUGUAUUAUCAUUGGCGAGCCAACAGUAUGGAUUGCAACGUUCUAUCUUGAACAUAAAAGUGCUUCGAUCGAUAGGUAUUUUACUUUCUUCUUGCUUUUUUAAUACAACGUCGUGAAUCGAGCACAAUGACUACUAGUGUUAGUAAUUCUACCAGUCUAUCUAUGCGCACUAUCAAAAUCUUUCGUCUGCUAGUGAUCCUUGCCAUGGUUUUCCUGGUUUGUACCUCCGAAGCUCAAGGCCAACAACAAGAUACGCAAUUGCAGACUGUAUCCUUCAUAUACUAUCUCGAUAGAAAUAGUGAAGCUAGGUUCAACUGCGAUUUCUCAGCUCCCGGCAGGCAACCGCUUUCUUUUUCAAAAUUGCAGCAGCAACAGCAAUCCGAUAUACAACUGAUGUGCAAUAGUCAACCAAGUGGAACAACCGUCAACUGCUUAUACGGCAGCCGUCAAAACCCUACGAAUUGUACUGCGCCAAGAACUAUCUGUGAAGACACAUUCAAAGGCCAAUAUGUAAGAGUUUCCGGUUCAUGCCCUUAAGCAACGAUAGCAAUGAGUAAAUCAUUAUCAG